AUGCAACCAAUAAUACCAUAACCAUAUGAUAUAAACAAGUUGACAUGUUUGACGUUUUGACGAUUAAACCUUAAACGUCAGUCAGAUGGACCACAAAUCAGUAAUAUAAAAAGGAUAUUUAAAAACAAUUUGUAUUUUGAUAGAUCUGUUUGUUUUACCAUUUCGAAUUACAGUGUCUAAUACGUUUUGAUUUUUGUGAAACUAAUAUGAAAAUAUGUGGUCCCAAUACGAUGAAAACUUAUCAAACAAUCCCUUUUUUAAAGAAAUUCAGGAAAACCACCUUGAUAUUAUCGAAGAAUCAUCAAUACAGCGCUGGAUAAUUUGCGUGCCUCGAAUAGGAACCUUCGAACCAUCAGAAAUUAGUUCAGAUGUAAUUUUGGACCAUAUUAUAGUAUGUCCCACGAAAGAUCCCGAAAAGGAAUGUUACACACUAAGCAAAAAACCAAUAAGUAUAGUAGAUAAAAUCAUUAUUACCGAUGUUAGCAAUCCGACAAAUAAUGUAAACGUUUUGUUUGUAGAGACGUUUUAUAAUCGAGAUAGUUCGAAAUUUAUUGUAUGGUGUAUAGACCACCCACUGUUUUUAAAACGAAAUUUUUGCGAUUCUCACAUUCCUAAACAGUUAAAUACUCUACACGACUGUAUAGACUUCCUUUGGUGCAACAGUUUAAGUCAUAGCAUACUUGACUCGAUAAAAAACGUCGUUUGUAACUUUAAUUGUAAUAAUGAGCUAGAAAUCGAAAGUCUUCAAGCUCAAAAGGAGUUGAUAGGUAUUUUAUUUUCUCAGUGUUUACAGGUUUGUUUUAAAAACGAAGCAUUGCGGGAAAAAUGUCUGGAAACUAGUCAGUUUGUAGAAAAUCUCAAAUUAGCUGUAGAAACGUACAUGCAGUACUGUUUAGGUAAAAGUUUGAUCUUUAGCUUAAACACUUUGAACCACCAGAAAGAUAGUUAUUUGAAUAAGACUAUAAGAAACUGCUCAGAUGUGCAAUAUCAAGAUUUAGGUAUUGCUAACGAUUUUUCAGAUACAAUUCUGGCGGCCAAACGUGAAUUUAACCAGAUCAAUAGCUAUUAUACAGUUUUAGAAAAGACAAACUGUUUGAAAAAAACGUUAGAUAUUAUUUUUGAGGCUGGCAAUAGCAUUAGUGGGUUAUGUGUUACUUCCGAUGACGUUUUACAGUUAUUGGUAUUCUUGAUAUUGAAGUUGAACGUCAAUAAUUGGUUUGCGAAUUUAGUUUUUAUAAAAGAAUUUCAGUUAAGUAGUGAAAGUUCAGACCAAAGAUUAUUUUGUAUUUCAUCCUUUGAAGCAGCCUUAGAAUUUAUCAGUAGUAGUAGGUUUUGGGAUAUUAAAAAUAACGUAAAAAAUAUAGAGUAUGAUGAAAUUGCAGUUAAUUUUUUAGAAUCACAAAUUAAGUUAGGGGAUAUUAAUAGCGUAAGACUGAUUCCUGGAUCUGACAACUAUGUUAAAAGUAUGUGCCAUCCGUUGUGUGUUUGUAGUAAAUGUAGACUUGUUGUUCAACAACAGAACAAUUUUUUAAAUUCACUUGUGCCAUUCACUGAAAUUAGUGACAGUUUACUUGUUCUCGCUACUCGUUUAGAAAAGUGUGAGGUGGUAGAAUUUCUUUUAAAUAGAGGAGUUCACGUUUACUACACUGAUUCUUUUGGAAAGACAUGUUUCCAUUAUGCGGCAGCCAAAGGCCUACAAAAUAUUUUGUUGCUUUUGAUCAGAAAGACUAAUGAUAAUAGAGAGUUUAACGUUAACAUAGUAGAUCAGGAGAAAAACACUCCUUUACAUUUAGCUUGCUUGCACGGUCAUGAAAAUUGUGUGAAAGCUUUGAUUUAUUCUUCUCCUGAUAUUGAGGUUAAUAUUGGCAAUUCUUUUGGAGACACUCCACUGAUAUUGGCUGCACGAUGGGGCUAUUUAGAUAUCGUCAAGGUUUUGUUGGAAAAUGGAGCAUCAGUUUGUGUUAAGAACAAGAGGAAUCAAAAUGUGUUAGAUGUUGCUUGUAACUUCUAUAUAAUUAAAGUCUGUGAAAAAUACUCACAGCAAAAGUCUAAAGUAGCUAAAUCUCUUUUAGAUUUUAACAGUGUUUCUUCAUCAGUACUUGAAGACAGUUGCAAGAACCACGGAGUGCGCCCAAGGAGUACAGACCAAUUUAGAAAGGUCGAUCUGCUCAUUAAAUCUAUAGAAAACAACGAUUUUCCUUUGACAAGCUUUUAUUUGGGUUACAACAGCUCACAGGCAAUAAAAACAGAACAGACGAACUGUCAUCCUUUGUGCAUCUGUGACAAAUGCAAAAAUGAACCUUACGAUGAUUUAAAUCACAAAGAAACCACAAUAACAUCUAUCAAUGUAAAUAUGUGCAAUGCAAGUGGUCAAACUCCUCUACAUACGGCUGCAAAGUUCGGCAGAACUGAAAUAUUAAGGCUACUUUUGGAUAACGGAGCAUUACCAAAUGUAAAAACUUUCGAAACUCUCUAUACACCUUUGCACCUAGCUUGUAUUUAUGAACGAGUACAAACAAUUAGAGAACUAUUGAAAUGUGGUGAAUGCAAUGUUGACGAACAAGAUGCCAAAGGCAACACACCUUUGUACUAUUCCUGUCAAGCUGGUAAUGUCAAAAUCACUGAAAUACUGUUGACCAGUGGAGCUGAUUGUAACAAGAAGAAUUAUGACGAUAAAAGUGCCUUAUCGAUUAGUGAAGAAAAUAGGCAUCAUGGCGUUUUUAAAUUAUUAAAAAACAACCUUAGAAAUAGUUUGGAAAGGGACAGCACAGAAUACAGUAAUGUCAUAAUUUAGAUACUUAAUCAAUUAUUUUCUGUUUAUCUACUGUGCAUUAUUUUGCUAAUGAAAUAUUUUGUGUAACCUCUGACCCUUAUAGUUUAUAGUAAUAAAUGGGGUAGUGAUGUUAUGCCAUAUUACUGUCAAUUCAUAAUUCAUAUAUUUCUUGUCUAUCUUGUUAACUAAGCUUCCUAAUUUAGAGAUUAACAUAAAGUCAUCUACUUUUUAGGAUAAUAUAUAAAAAAAUUAAUUUGCUCUAUUGAGUUUUAUAUGAAUUUAUACUUAAACCUAUUUAUUUGCUUCAUUAUUUUAUUAUUCAAGCUUAGAUGCAUUUUGGGAUCAGUUAUAGACGAGUACUUAAGCCAUUCCCUGAGAUUGCGCAGUCAUGACAUUCGUCACCUUCCAACUCUACGCUUUUCUAAAAUGUUUCCCUAUAUGAUAUUCUGCAGAAGCUGGUAUUUUGUUCUCCUCAUCACGUUGCCAAGGUAUUCUAAUUUUCAUAUCUUCAUUCGUUCGUGACACUGUCCAAGUAAGAUAUUCUCAGGAUUCUUCUGUAAAGCCCUUAAACUUCCACUUUUUUCAUCAUCGAUUUAGUCUACGAUUUAGGAUUUUUGGACUAUUAUCGGCAAAUCUUCUUCCUUGCCAUUAACACAGUGUCAUUUGCAUACCUUAAUAUCUCAGUACCUUUUGCAUACUUAUUUAACAUAUAUGUCAACACUAUGUUACAUCAGUGAUACCUGUUCUUUUCCUCAGGUCUUGGUGCCUUAGUUUGUCUUUUUCUAUCAUGCCUAGAAUCGAUCUUUCCAUGCGCCUUUGUGCCACUCGCAUUUUUAGUGCUGUUUUUUUUUGUGAGCGUGAGAGUUUCUGCUCCGUAUGUCAGCAUAGAACGAACGUAUUGGUCAAAUGUCUUCCGUUUUAUAGCUAUCGGGAUCUGGCUCUGAAAGAUGUCUCUUAGUGUCGUUAAAAUUCACAUGUCUGGUUAUCCUUGCUUAUUCUUUAUUCUGAUUUGAUAACUUUUCUGCCAAUUCGACCCCUUGAUUUUGGAUGGUUAGGUGUUCCCUGGGAAUUUCAGUGUAUGGCUCAUUAAACUUAUUUUAGCUUUCGGUGAUAUCUUCUUAAGUAUGUUAAGCGAGUCGUGUAAUUCUUGAAGAUUUUCCAUUUCACAGCAUUCCACCAUUCAACCAAUUUUUCUUUGCUCUCUUAUUUUCUUUUGUAUUCCUCUGUGAAUCUUGACAUAUCUUCUUUUGCCUACAGUUUUAAUGAGCAUUCUUUUCUCCAUUAAAUGAACUAUUUCGUCGAUAAUUCAGUCUUUUUUCCUUUUCUGAUUCAAUGAUUCAAUAUUUAUUAAUUAAUGUUAAUAUGUUAACCCUUUGAAGCCCAAGUUUUAUUAAGUUAAAAAAAAACAAGAUUUUUGUGAAAUUUAUUUAUUUUAGUAUAUUCUUGAAACAAAUUCAGUCAAUAUAAACAAUGCUGAUCCUGAAGUAUGUCCUGCAGGAUGUGGUAUUCUCAUGAUACCAGCUGUAACAUAGCGUAACAAAAAACUAAUGAGAAAUAAAAACCAGGUAGCACUUCUUUCUUCCUAUUGUUUUGCAUGGAACGUUGCAAAACAAUUUUUGUCGUGUUUGAGACAAAGUCCAACAUUGCAAGAUGAACAUUUCCACUGUGUUCUGCUAACAUUUGCUGUGGUGCUGCAGUUGGCACAUCUCAAAGAAGUAGUUCUUUGGGGCAUAUGAGCAGACUUUGAAUGGCGCAGUUCCAAGGGGAUAUGCCUUUUAAAUUUACUCACAGGUUUUUCUGCUGAUGGUCUUCCCCUUUUAAGUUGUUCUGGAGCUCCAAUGAGGCCUCUAAUCACAGAGAGUCGGAAUUCUUUCAAAGACAUACUUUUGGAUUGGCUUCUAAGCUGAAAUAGAAUGAAUGCGUUUACGACGCAAGUAUCCACACAAUAAAAAAAUAUUCUAUGCCACCACUUGUGUGAUUUACGAUUCACCUCAUAAAGACUUUUCAGCAUGUCAAAUUUGUCAACAUAUCCCAUAUGUGAGUUGUAGAGCACUACCAUUUGUGGACAUGAAACCUCAUUCAGAGUAGCGUCUUUUUGUCUUCUCUUUACAACUUCGUUUGUUGCUGGAUUUUGGUGAUUUGCCAAAAGAAUCACACUUCUGUGAUCCAUCCAUUUCAACGCAGAUAGUCCAUCUGUUGAAAUACGGUAAUCUGAAUCUCCUCGAUUCAUUUGUUUGUCGGUUUUGAACUCUGGUAAAUCCUUUUUAUUUUUUUGAACGGUUCCACUCCCGUAAAUUCCGUCCGACAAUAAAGAUCUCUGAAGAUCAAUAGAGUUGAAAUAGUUGUCAAAGAACACUCGGUGGUGUUUAUUUACUAAGACCCUUGUUAGAUCCUGUACGACUCGUUGUCCUAAGUUUUUUUCGAUGGAAUUUCCCACUUUACCGGUAUAUAUCUGGAACUCGCACAUGAAUCCGCUCGAAUCUGCUCUAACCCAUACUUUGUAGCCACGUUUUAUAGGUUUAUUGGGCAUGUACUGUCGGAUACUGCUUCGACCUUUGAAUCGUAUCAUAGACUCAUCAAUCGCUUGAAACUCAUGUUGAUUCAGUGCUGCAAGAAACGUUUCCUGGAGUUUUGCCAGUAGACUUUGCCACUUUGUAAAGUUUGUCAAAUCCGGGAUCAGUUUUUUUUGGCUGCACUGUAUUAUCAACCAGAUGUAAAUUGCCUAGUAACCAAGCGAAUCUGUUACGUGACAUAGCAGAACUGAUGAAAGGGUCUCGUAAUUCAUUACGUGACGACCAAUAAUCUCUGUAACUGGGCAUUUUCUUUAUACCCAUUAAUAAAUUUACCCCAAGAAAUGUUUUGACUUAUUCUUCUGUGGUAGGUGUAAAUCCAUUUCCUCCGCCGUGUUUUUGAACGUGAUAUAAAUUGGUUUGAAAAACAAUUAGGUGAAUUAGAUCCUCAGGAAAUAGUUCCAAAAAUACAUCUGUGGGGCUCUCUGCAGAAUUUGGAAUGUUUGGGCCUGUAGUUUCAAUGAAUUUUGUUUGUGUUACAUAACUUUCAUUUUGGGUCCAAAAUAUAGAGUUAUCUUGCUUUGAUAGCCGUACCGAUUCCGAUUCUUGGUUAUUUGGAGUCUUGGUUGUUUCAUCUUGAUUGUUAAUUUGAUCUUCAAACACUAUGUCCAUAUUUCCAAUAUCAAAGGCAUCCUCAUUAUUUGGUCGCCGAAAUUCAUCAAUAUCCAAUUCAUCUCCCAAAACGCUUUCAAUAUCAGAGACAAUUGACUCCUGGUCACUUGGAAUUUCAUCUAAUAAGGCGUCAACCUCGUUUUGGGACAUACUUUCCAAAUGCCUGAAGCUCCACUUUUGGUUUUGCAUAUUUGCAGAAUUCAUAUAGCAAGUGCCCUGUGGUCGUGCCAGAAUACCACGUAAAAGACAGUGAUCUACAAAAAAAAUUGAAAUGUAUUCAUGCAAAUAACAGUACUUAGUGUGAAACAGACUUCAAAAAUAUCACUUACCCGCAAUAUUUUCUAAUUUAUUAUAAUCGAAUAAACAAAUAAACAAUUAAAAUAUGUCGCUCUGUCAACUCUGAACGUCCGCUUCAAAUAUUUGCUUGACUAAUUAUGUUAUCCAGUCAAUGUUAUUCAAUAAAAUCCUUAGAGUAUGGAAAAUUUUUUACCCUCUCAAAAUUUUCCAUGCUCUAAGAUAAAAUCGAUUCUAAACUGGUAGAUACUUAGAAUAUAGUAUAGGCAACCAAUUUUACACUCUGGUAUGACUGUAUAGCCGCUGCAAAGUUUAAAAGAAAUGUUUAUAAAGGUGGUCAUCUCAGCAUACCGACAGUCGUCAAAGGGUAAUGAUAUAAUGUUAAUGUAUAAUAAUAAUUAAUAUGUUAAUGUUAUAAUGUUAAAUGUUAUUCCCCUAUUAUAAUUUCUUGAGGACAUCUUCCAUUGACUGUUUGAAUAAUUUUAGAGAUGUGGUGUCUCCUGUUUAACUCCACAUUUUAAUUUGAUUUGCGUUAAAUUAGAAAAUUAAUUUUAAAAUUCUUAUUAAAAUAUACUCAGUGACAUUAGAAGUGUUACACCCAGAAGGAAUCGUUUCUGGAACUUAAUUUUUUGGCAACAUGGCACAUUUUCAUCAAUAAUGAAACGAUAACAUUGGCAAGACUUUUUAUUGACAUGUGAUAAAAAAAAUUAAUAAUGUGUUUGGCGACCCCUAGCUGAAUACACUCCUGUACACGUCUAGGUAUUGACAAAAUGAGAUUUUUUUUUCUUUUUUGGCUUGGACUAUGGUCAUUCAGCCAGUCUCAAUCAAAAGUAAAUGUAUUAAAGAUAUUGCCAAUUAGUGAAACUUGGUUAUUAUAAUAUUAUUACAAUUUUUUACUUCUUAUUUACCUACUCAUUACAGCUAAUGUACAUACUGUUAAAAAAUAUAAAUAUAGUAUACUAUUUAAUGUUUAUCAAGAACACAUAGUGUAUACAUUUUACAAAUAAAAAUAUGAAUAUUAAUAUUAAAAUAAAUUCAUUCUUUUUUGUAUUUUAGUUUUUUUUGUUAUGUUUUUUUUUGUCACUACGAUAGGAUCUCAACCCGGUUCAACCCCGCGGAGGUUUAAAUCCUCUUAGUGGUUUUUUCUUUAAUUUUUUUUUAUUAAUUUUUUUUUUAUUAAAAAUUUUUUUUUAUUUACUUUUUUUAUUUAUUUUUUUUAUUUAUUUUUUUUUGUUUCAUGUUUUUUAUUAUUUUUUUUAUUUAUUUUUAUUUUUUUAAUAUUUUUUUUAAACAUAUUUUACAAAUACCUAUAACUAAUUACAAUAAUAUUUUACUAUCCGACAAGAAAGAUACCAAACAGUCAAACAUUUUCUUUUUAUUCAGUGACAGAAUAAAGAGAAUAUUUACAGGGAGUGGGAUGUUCUGGUCUAUAAUUCUUUUAAUUAGGUGAUUGGUUAGGUGUUUAUGCUUUUUGCAUUCAAAAAAUAUGUGGUUUAAGUCACUUUUAACCUCACAUUCUUGACAAAUAUUCGAAUCUAAUAUGUUUAUUUUAAAUAAAUGUGCAGGAUAACAUGCAUGUCCAAAUAUAAUUCUACUGAUGGUGGAUAUGUAUUUGCGAGGGAGGGUGAAAUUCUUAUACCAAGGUUUUUCCGGAAUAAUCGGUUGUAUCAAACUGUAUUGUGUUGUUGAUAUGUUACAGUACCUUUCCCAGUGUGUUUUCCAGCUCUUCAUCUGUUCAGUUCUUAAAAAAGCAAAAGCAUCUAGAAUUCAGGGCUGAUAUUUGGUUACUGUUCCAUGGAUGAGGGAAUUUUUAGCUAAUUGGUCUACAUGCUCAUUAUGUGUAAGUCCUGAAUGUGCUUUGAUCCACAUAAGUUUUGUUUUUGGGGUGUGUUUAUUAAUUUCAAAUAAGAUUUUUUUUAUUAAAAAAAUGUAUGGAUUAGAAGUACUGCAAGGUAGUUGAGGUGUUUGAAUAGCAGUAAGUACAGAUAAUGAAUCAGAUAAAAUUACUGCGGAAUUAUAGGAUACCAAAUUGAAAUAAAUUAAAGCCUCAUAUACCGCCGCAGCCUCGGCAGUAAAAAUGGAGAAAUUUGAGGGCAGUUUAAACAACGAAACGACAAAAUGAGAAAGUUUAAACGACAAAAUGAGAUGAUCGAUAUCUGGUUGUGGCAUCUCGUUCCAAGCAACUUGAAUUUCAUGGAUUAACUGUGCCAGAGUCUGUGGAGGAUCGUGCAAAGUGGACAGUCUCCUCCCCAUCAUAUCCCACACAUAUUCGAUAGAAUUUAAACCCAGCGAACGGGGUAGCCACGGCAAAAAAUUAACGCCAGCUUCUUGGAAAUAGUCCAUAGUUUGACGAGCAAUAUAGGGACGUGCGUUGUCUUCCUGAAAAAGGGCGUUUUGACGGCCGUCUAGAUAAGGCAGUAAUCUGGUUUGUAAGAUGUCAUCAACAUAACGCGCAUCUGUCAUACUGCCUAGAAUAAACAAAAGUGGUGAUCGGCUACCAUAUGCAUUAACCCCCCAAACCAUUACUCCAACUGUCCUGUGCAGAUGCCUCUCAACAGCAAACCCGAUAUCUCGUCGACUUAUCAUCUUACGACCAUCAUGCAUCUUCUUCUUCAAGUGCCGUCUCCUAAUCGGAGGUUGGAUAUCAUCAUCACUAUCUUUACUCUAUCCACCGCUGCUCUAAAGAGUUCUAUAGAACUGCAUCUAAACCAGUCCCUUAAAUUCUUUAACCAUGACACUCUCCUUCUUCCUAUACUCCUUCCGCCUCUUAUCUUUCCCUGUAUUAUCAGUCUUAGCAUUUCAUAUCGCGGUCCCCUCAUUACGUGUCCCAGAUAUUGUAACUUUCUUAUUUUUAUUGUGUUUAUUAUUUCGCAUUCUUUACCCAUUUCUCGCAGUACUUCCGUGUUCGUUUUCCUCUGUGUCCAUGCUAUUCUAAGCAUUCUUCUGUAACACCACAUUUCAAAUGACUGUAGCUUAUUUAUGUGUUCUUGCUUUAAUGUCCAGCUUUCAAGUCCAUAUUGUAGUAUCGAGAACACGUAGCAUCUCAAAGCUCUUGCUCUCAGUUCUAAACUAAGGUCUUUGUUGCAGAGAACUGUUUUCAUCUUCACAAACGCAUUUCUUGCUAUUUCUAUCCUGGUCCUUAUUUCUGUUGUUUGAUCAUUUUUCUCUGAAAUCCAGGUUCCUAGGUAUUUGUAUUUAUCAACCCUUUCUAUCGGCACAUUUCCCAAAUGUAUGCUUGUUUGUAUGUUUGUUUUCUUAGUUAUUAUCAUGUAUUUGGUCUUUUUUAUAUUAAUUUUUAGUCCAUAUUCUUUACAGAAAUUGUUUGUUUUGUUCAGUAGUAGUUGGAGUUGUUCAGCAGAGCUUGCUAUAAUCACGGUGUCAUCUGCAUAUCUUAUGUUGUUAAUAGAUCUUCCGUUAAUUAUUAUUCCUUCACUUUGAGAUAGCAAUGCUUCUUCAAAAAUGGCUUCACUAUAUGCAUUAAAGAGUAAUGGAGACAUAAUACAUCCCUGCCGAACUCCUCUCCUGAUUUCAAUUUCUGGACUGGGUUCGUUAUCUAUUACAAUUUGUGCUCUUUGAUUCCAGUAAAGGUUUGUUAUUAUUCGUAAGUCCCUUUUGUCUAUGCUUUUUGUCUUUAGAAUUUGGACUAAUUUUUCAUGUCUUACUUUGUCAAAAGCCUUCUCAAAAUCAACGUAACAAACAUGCACAUCCACAUUCAUGUCCAUGCAUCUUUGAGCUAACACAUUAAAAGCAAAUAACGCCUCUCUGGUUCCUAGUCCGUUUCUGAACCCAAACUGACUAUCAUCUAUUCCUUCUUCUAGUUUUUUGUUUAUACGACCAUGUAUUAUUUUCAAGAAUAAUUUGAGAAUGUGACUUAUUAAUGAUAUUGUUCUGUAUUCACUGCAAUCUUUAGCGUUUGUAUUUUUAGGGAUAGCACAAAAGGUUGAGAGUAACCAUUGCUUUGGUAUGUUUCCUGUUUUGUACACUGUGUUAAACAAGUCUACGAUAAUGUCUAAGGUUUCAUCAUUUAUACAUUUUAAGCUUCAUACUGGGAUUUGGUCUGGACCUACUGCUUUACCAUUUUUGCUGUUUUUUAAUGCCGAUUUAAUUUCUUCUUUUAAUAUCUUCAAAACCGUAUCAUCUUCUACGUCGACUUCCAUCUGCUCUGUUCUAUUGUCUUUGAACAAUUCAUUUAUGUAUUCUGUCCAUCUCUUUAAUUUUUCGUUAGUACUCAACACAAGUUUCCCAUCUGUAUCUUUUAGUAUUCCCGGUUUUCUUUUUCUGUUGAUCUGCGUUAAUUCCUUAAUUUUUUUAUGUGUGUUAAAAUUAUCAUGUCUUUUCUGGUGUUCUUCUAUUUCUGCGCAUUGUUCUUUUAACCACUGUUCUUUAGCCUGUUUAAUUUUGGAUUUUAUUUGUUUAUCCACAUUUUUGUACAUCUGAUUAUCUUUGUUUUUAUGCUGACGUCUUUCUUCCAUUAAAUCUAAGAUUUCCUCCGUCAUCCAUUGUUUCUUUUUGUAUCUGAUUGGUGUAAGAAUUUCUUUUUGACAUUUAUCUAUUUCUGUCUUUAUUAAUAACCAUUUUGUCUCUGUUUCAGUAUUUUGUUGGAUUUGUUCUUUAACAUUCAUUAAACGGUUAUUAAUUUCAUCUGUCAGGCGUUGUUUUAUGAGUGGGUUUCUUAGUUUACUUGUAUCGAUUUUUACAUCUGUUGUUCUGCGUUUUAUUAUUUUCAUUUUGAGCCUAAUUUUGGUCACUACUGGAUUGUGAUCUGAUCCUAUGUCGGCACCUGGAUAGGUUUUUGAAGAUAUAAUUGCGUUCUUGUAUCUUUGUCUAAUCAUUGAUGGAUUCGACCGUUACUUGAUGGAAGUUCAUUUUAUCUAACAAUAAAAAACUGAAAACGUUUGUUUUCUAUACUUCCACAAAAUUUAUUAUAUCUAAGUGACUACAGCUGUUUCGGCGGAGUGCCUUUCUCAAGUAAUAUAGUUUACAAUGUGUUUGCCUUUUUAAUCUUCAACUGAAGAGGUUGAGGAGUGGGGAGCUGUUUGUCUCGAGUUGGUCAUUCAGAAUUAUAUCUGUAUUUUUCAGUUUAUUAAUUUCCAUAGAUUCUAAAAAAGAUAGCUUAAGGCCUUUAUUUUGAAUAUGUAGAAUUUUAAACUCUUCAUUGAAAGAAUGAUUAUGAUCUAGAAGGUGAAGUGCGUAUGUAGAAGUGUCUGUUUUUCUAUUGUUGAAUGCCCUUUUGUGUUCUGCUAUCCGUUUGUCAAAAGUUCUGCCAGUUUGACCGAUGUACGUUUUCGGACAGUCACCACAAGUUAGUUUGUACACACCACUCUGUAGUUGCUUUCUCUUUCGGCUUUUAUUGUUCUUAAUAUAUUUGCUUAAGUUGUUGUUAGUUCUGAAAGCUGGUGUUAUUCCUUUCUUUUUUAUGUAUCUGGCUAUUGUUGUUGUUAUCUUGCCAGUAUAUGUGAGAGAGCAGAAGGUACUGGGUUCUUUCUGUGGUGGUGGAUACACUAAUUUCAGGGCUUUCUUAUGGAGUUUUUGGUUUAAAAUUUUGUUAACUGUUUGUUCGUUAUAGCCGUUGUUUACUGCUAUUUGUCUAAUCAAUACAUAAUCUAUUUGGUUUCUUACAAUUCUCCCUUCUUGAUCUGCUGGUGACUUCCAGGUAUAUAGUCUUCUCUUUGGCAUUUUAAACAAUGUAUUAGUUAUGACAAAAUUAUUGUUUUGGCAAAAUUCGAUAAGCCUGUCACCUCUUUCGUUUCUGUUGCCCAGACCAUAUCCUCCUGUACAUUCUUCUACUUUUUCGUCUCCAACCUUUGCGUUAAAAUCUCCCAUUAUAUUGUAACAUCCUGCGUUUUAAUGGAUUUUAAAAUAUUAUCUAGUUCUUCGUAGAAAGUUUCAAUAUCGCUCUCUGGUUUUUCCGCAGUUGGAGCAUAAACUUGUAUUAUGUUUAAUUUGGGUUUAUUCUGAUUUAAUUGUAAGAGGAUAAUUCUGUUGGAGUAUGGAAUGAAAUUGACUACAGCUUUAUCCAUGUGUUUGUUUAGUAUUAUCCCGACACCAUAUCUGUGUGAACCGUCUUGACUUCCUGAAUAGUAUAUUGUUUUAUUGUUGAUUUUCAUCUUUCCUGAGUCGGGCCAUUGGACAUCGCUGAUUCCUAAAAUGUCUACAUUCAGCCUUUCCAUUUCAUUAACGGCAUUAUGUACUUUUCCAGCUUGAUGUAGACUUCUAACAUUCCACGUCGCUACUUUGCAAGGUUUUCGCAUGUUGACGACCGGGGAGGCCUUGCAGUCUUGUGAGUUUCCUCCUCUGCCGGAUCUUGUUUUCCGAGUUUCAUGAUCAGUAGAGUGUUUGGUUAUGUUGUUAGUCAUGAUGAUUAACUAGGGAUGCUCUAUGAGCCUUUAAUGCAUUGGUUUCCCGUUGCCUUAUGCAUCUCCACGCCGUUGACCAUGCCUGGUUCGUCCGCCUUUAGAAAUGAUUUCUCAUUUCUAGGACAAGAAGGUGCCCUUCCACUUACCGACUCUUCCACCCGAAGCUGUUGGUCAGUAAGUGGGGGAUUGCUUAUACCGGCAAUCACUCGGACGUCAGCGCCUCGUUUGUUAUCUAGCAGGAUGUACCGGAUGAUCAUGAUCGAGGUCAUCUCACGGGCAGGUGAGGUUGACAUUUGAAUAGGAGAGGCUAUGUAUUGCGCAUCACUAUCCCUUACAUCCCUUACAUACCUAAACCAAAUCGCGAUUCAUCGCUGAAUGCUGCAUUAUGCCAUUCUGUCACCCAAUGCUACCGUUAUCUGCACCAAUUCAAACGUUGAGGACAGUGGUCCGCAGUCUCACUCGUGAACAAAAGGAAGCACUCGUGGUGGGCGGAAUGCAAUCAGUCCAAAGGCUCAAAUGUUACGGUAUAGGGUACGGCUAGUAACAGGUCUACCUUCUACUCCAAACCAUUGGUCAGCUAUUUGACUCGUAGUAGCAAAACGGUCUCUCAGACUCUUCAGUCUAAGGCUACGGCUCCACGGGCGGGAAAUUGACGCUAGCAGUAGCAGUAAAAUGAACUUAAGGUUCCGUGGAACGGAAUGGGAAUAGCCGAACUGAACCGACUACGCACAAGUCCUGUAGUCGGUACAGUUCGGCUAUCCCUAUUCCGUUCCGCGGAACCUUAAGUUCAUUUUACUGCUACUGCUAGCGUCAAUUUCCAGCCCGUGGAGCCGUAGCCUAAAGCGCCUAUCUUGACGCCCUGUGGUACGCCUCGGUUGACCAGUUGGUCUUCUUCGUGUUCCUCUACCUUCGUUUGUCCACACACGACAUACUCGCAUAACUGUCAUUGCCGUACAAUUAACACGACGGCCAAUUUCGCGAUACGACAAACCCAUAUCUUUAAGGCAAUAAUUCUACCCCUGUCAAAAUCGCUAAAAUUGUGGUAAUUUUGGUGUCUUCGAACUCGAGGCAUAUUCUUGCACUGAAUACAAUUAGACUGAGGAAUCAUAUCUAAAAAUAUCUGUACUAACCGGUCUUUAUAAAUUGGUCUUUUCACAAAAAAAAAUUAAAAAUAAAAUUUUAUUUUUACAAAAACUAUAAAAGAUAAAACAUUGAUAUUGUUAUCAUAGCAUGCCAUAAAUAUAGUCAUUGUGCUGCCAAAAAAUUAAGUUCAAGGAAUGAUUUCUUCUGGGUGUAACAUUUCUAAUGUCACUGAGUAUAUUAAAGUUAAAAAUGUAAUCAAAAUAUUGAAAUACUUGGAAAUUUGUACUUAUUUUUGUUUUCCAUUUGUUUUUAAGAAUGUUUUCAAUAUUAAAUUGGAUCUAAAAGUCAUGAUAAAUGUUAACCUUUUAUGACUCAUGUAUUUCAUUUGGAUUUUAAUCGAUUUUUAGUCAAUUAAUUUUUUAAUGAGCUUUAAUGAACUGAUUAUUUAGUAUCGGUUAAUAUUCUUUAUAUAUUUGCUCAGACGAUAUCUUCAAUACAACAAAUUGUCUUCUUUUUAAAGCAUGAUUUUUUCACGCCGUAUGUUUGUUCUUAACAUUCUUAUUCGUAUAAGUGAGAGACUGAUAUCACGAUUAUUAAACCUUGCCUACCUAUCUGCACUUCUAGCUCUAUCUCAUAGUGUCUUACCAUCGAUUUUUUGAAGGGUUUCCAUUUCUGCUUUUUCUAUCAUUCUUUUUGUCGCCUUGCUGUAUCAGGUCGUAUUUCUGCAGCGUAUGUCAUUAUUGGUCUGCUGACUGUUUUGUAACUUCUGCCUUUCAUUCCUUUUCCCAUAUUUUUAUUUCUCCAUAUUGUUUCAUUCAAGUAACCUGCGGCUUUGUUUGCUCUAUUCACUUGACCUUCCAUUUCUGUUUCGAGCUUUGCGUAGCUAUAGAUAGUGUGAUGCCUAGAUAUUUAACCUCCAUCACUUGUUCUAUUAUCUGACCCUCCAGCUCUAAUUUACAUCUUAGUAGAUAGAUCCGUCGGCUCCCCCCCCUGCAGAAUUGGAAAUGGGGCCCCCUUUAAAAAAUUACUAAAUGCGACAUGUAUAACAAAAACUUACAGUCCGUCUAAUUUACUUACCGUUGCACGUCAUUAUCUACGCCAGAGAUCUAAGUUGACAUAGUUGCCAAAGUAUAAAAAAAAUCCUAAAUCCAUUUUAAAUCAAAUAGAUCACAUAAUAGGGAACUUGCACAUUUUUUUUAUUACAUAAUAAUGAUCAGUUUUGUAUAAAAAUGAGAUUUCCAAAAUUUCACGCUUCAAAAACUCAUAAUAACUUAGAAGUACAAAUUUAAAGUCUUCUUUAUCUUAAAAUAGUUCAAACGACCCGUGACGUCACAGAGUUUGUUUAUGUGGUUCAGUUUAUGGUUAUAUUUACGUAUAUUCUUCUUCUUCUUUAGUUUAUUGAUAGAAUAAAGGAAAAAUAUUUGAAUGCUAUGCUGGAACAACGUUGUAACCGCCAAUAGUUUCAAAUGUGGGUACUCCAUAGAAAAACGUACUGCAUGAGCAAAAUAAUGUACUGUCGACUGUGGUGAAUAUUAUGAGACUUUACUUUAUGCAUCCUUUAGUCUAUAAUAUUAUGCUAAUAAAAGAUUCCUUUUUUGAAUAUGAUCAAUUAUAACGCGUUUUCCUCAAGGUGUCGACAAAAUCUGAUUUGGCGUUUACGACGUUGUUCCAGCAUAGCAUUCAUUUAUAUUCUAAUGACUUUUAUCGUAUGUCACUGUAAUAAAAUAUACCAGUUUGUUGAGAUUGCAGUUUGAUACAGUUUUUGAAGUGAAGGAAAGAAGGUUUACUAUUGAAAAUAAAACCAUUUUGUAAAAGUACAAAUUUUCUAUGAAUAGUUCAAACGAUCAAAAAAUUUGUAACGUCACAUAACUGUAUUUUCUACUGACGUUUAUAAUGUCUAAUCCAAAAUUAUAUAUACAAAUUGGUGUAGAAUGUAAAAAUACAACCCAGUGACGUCACGUGUUUUGGGGUGGCUGGUAUAAGUUGAACUUUUAGUCGUCUUUAGGGGCCAAAGGAAAGACAAACAAAACUUUUUUAUUUUUGAUACAGGUUCUAAAUUAUAUUCUGUUGUGAUUUAUACCAUUUUUUUCGAAUUUAAAAUUUUAUGCAAGUUCCCUAUUAUUGUAAACGUGGAUUAUACAACAAAACAAAUUAAUAUUCAAUGUUAAUAAAUAAAAACUUUAGAAAUAGAGAACAAGAAUUAAGUUAUAAUCUUACGUUAAAGUAAAUAAUAAAAACAGUAAAUAUAAUAAAACACAUACUUAUAUAGUAUUUUUACUACAAAAACGUUAUUACGUAGGUCAAAAUUUUUGACGUAAGAGAACUGUCAAAACAUUAGAAUGUGACUUUUCUUUAUUGCCAUGUUUAUUAAUAAACAUGGCAAUAAUGAAAAGUCACAUUCUAAUGUUUUGACAGUUCUCUUACGUCAAAAAUUUUGACCUACGUAAUAACGUUUUUGUAGUAAAAAUACUAUAGUAAAGAAUAUAAACAAAUAUGAAGUGUCAUCACCUCAACUGUCAAAUAAAUGUUACCAAUUUAUUCUAAAAUGUCACCUUCCUUCGAUUAUAGUUACAGUGUGUUCCGAGCAAAUGUGCUUCAUAAAAACGGUUUAUAAUCCAUUUAUACAAAUUAAAUGAAACAUAUUAUUGUGUAUUUCUUUAGGUUAACAUUAAUAGAAAUCUUCAAAUAUUAUUUUUACGCGUAUAUAAUAAAAUAUGUCUAGUGGCUGUACAGUAUACUAGGCAAAAUGAUUCUAAAAAAGAACACACCUACCGCCUAAAUAUUUCGUGUUGGUAUCAUGUGAUCACAGGCUACGACGCGGAUGACGUGCACGGUAAGUAAAUUAGACGAAGUAUAUAUGUAUGUGUUAUAGCACAGUAAAUGAACGUGAAAUACGGCGAUACCGUGUAAUUUUCAAUUCCACCACCGAAGUGAUCCAGUCAAUACUUUUCGAAUUAUUUACGAAUGAAAAUGUUCAACAUUGUUCAACAAAAAACCACGUUUUCAGACGGUUUUUCGCUAAGAACUCAAAAAGUAAGUAUUCGUAAGUAAGUAGCAAAAAUGUAGCUUAUACAAAAAUGAAGUCUAUCGACCAAGUAAAUGCAAAUUUGUAGCUCAUGAAAAAUUGUUUUUAUUCUUCAAAUUCCAAAUCGAAUAUUUCAAUGUGAAAUAUCCAAAAAAUUAAGCAAUUUUCGUGGAAAACUCAUUAAAACUUUUUUAAAGUGUUUAAUAAAAGUUUUAGGUAUUUUUACUUUUUAUAAAAAUUUCUAUCAUCAAAACUAAGCGAGUUACGCUCAAAAUACAGUUAAAGUCUUUUUUGGUAAAAAAAUGUGAAAAUCUCCCCCUAUUUUGCACCCCAAAUGAAACUAAUCAUUACCGCUUUACAAAUUACUUAACUUUUUUUUAUACCUGUAAGUUUCACCUGUUUGAAAGGACUCUAACGAGUCACUAAUUAUCAGUACAUACAUGCAAAUUUUGAAAUAUCUUGACCAAUUUUUGUCUUACAGAAAAACAAAGUAAAUACAAAAUAUUUAUAAAAUCAAGACAUACCUUUCUUUACUCUUCGAGAUUUUUCGUAUCACUCAUACUCAAGGGCGGAUCCAAGACCGAUUUUCGGGGAGGGGGGCAUGGACUUUUUUUAUGAUACAUGCAUAGCUUAGGUUACCUCACACUUUACCUCGUUCAGCACAAAGCUAAAAACAUUUUUCUCGUAGCAAGCGGGAUAUGUGUUUGAAACUAAAAUCAUUUGAACUGCAAAUGUUUAAAUUUAUAUUAUUUUAAAUUCUCGAGGGAGCUCUCUGGAUAGGCCCUUACUAAUAUUUUUAAGUUAAUUUGAAAAAAGGCAUUUUUCUAAAAUAAAAAACUUAUUUAAACAUAAAACCAAUUUUUUUUAAAAGAAGAACUUCGAACUUAUGGGGAGAUCUUUACGUUUUUUAGCAAAAAAGGGGCCAACUUUUUUUUGAGCGUAACUCUCUUAGUUUUGAUGCUAGAAGUUUGCUUUAAAAUGCUAUAAAAAUAAAAAUAAAGCACUCUUUUAAAUAUUAAAAAAAGUUUCAAUGAGUUUUCCCAAAAAGUGCUUCGUUUGUUGGUUAUUUCACGUUGAAGUAUUCGAUUUGAAAUUGAACGAAUGAGAACAAUUUUUCAUGAGCUACAACUUUCCUUUUACUGUGUCGAUAGACUUCAUGAAUGUACCUACACCUUUUUUUUUUGUUUUUUUAUAAGCUACAUUUGCUAAAAAUAUUUUUUCGAUAAUUUUUCAAUAAUAUUUAAUUCGUGUUUUUUUUUGUUUAAAAGUCGCAAAACAUUUUCACUCGCAAGUCACUUAAAAAGUCUUGACUUAGAUAAAGAAGCUCUAUAGAGCAAAAGUUGCUUAUAAUUAGUCAAUUUAUACAUUUCCGGACUUACUUUAAACGUAUAUUUUUCACCCCCGAGAAGGGGUGACUUUCAUCCUCCAAGUAAAAGCAACCAACGGCACAACUCCAACUUUGAAGUGGAGGAUAAGUAGAAUCUAAAUCCAAAUUGCCAAGCAAAUACGCUGUGACGCUGAUAAUUAUACUCCAAAACGGUAAUUUACUGGGCUAUUAGUAUAUUCAUGCACUGUUUAUGACAACUUACAUUUUUCAUCUUUAUUGGUAUAGAAAAUAGAAAGAAAAUUAAUAAACGUCUACAUUAUUACAUAGUAUUAUUCUAUGAGAUGAAUAACUUUGUUCGUACAGUACUAUCAGCGAAUAUGUCUACAAUUUUAUUAAUACAUACAAUAUAUAUACAUACGAUACAUUGUAUCUAUCUGAUGGACAACUUCAUUUUCAAUACUCAUCAUUCUCUUUGCCUUAUCUCUAUGCGGGGUCGGCUUCCCUAAUUGCAUUUCUCCACACAAUUCUAUCUUGGGUCAUAUCAAUGUUAAUCCCCUUUACCAACAUGUCCUGCCUUAUCGUCUCCCCCCAGGUCUUCUUUGGUCUUCCUCUUCUACUCCUUCCAGGAAUCUGCACUUCAGCUAUUCUUCGUAUUGGGUGACUAACGUCUCGACGUUGAAUAUGACCAAACCAUCUUAACCUAUGCUCUCUCAUUUUGGCAUCAAUUGGUGCCACACCUAGACUUCCCCUAAUAUACUCAUUUCUAAUUUUAUCCUUCUUUGUCACUCCACUCAUCCAUCUAAGCAUUCUCAUUUCCGCCACAUGCAUUCGUUGUUCCUCUUUCUUUUUCACUGCCCAACAUUCAGUUCCGUACAUCAUAGCCGGUCUUAUGGCUGUUUUAUAGGAUUUUCCCUUCAGCUUCAUAGGAAUUUUUCUGUCACACAACACCCCACUCGCUUUUUUCCACUUCAUCCAUCCAGCCCUAAUUCUACUGCAUGCAUCUCCAUCUAUUUUUCCAUUACUCUGUAAUACCGAUCCUAGGUACUUAAAACUAUUGCUUUUCACAAUCAUUUCACCAUCCAAAGAUACCAUUUUAUUUGUAGGAACUCCAUCUUUAAAUGAACAUUCCAAAUACUCUGUUUUUGUUCUACUAAGUUUUAAACCUUUUUCCUCCAGAGCUUGUCUCCUUUUUCCACCAGAGCUUGAAAACUUCAUUUUCAAUACUGUAUUGCUUAAAAAACGUUGCGUAUGUAUGCGCAAAAUAAUAUAACAAUAACACAUUUUUAAGUACAUUUAUUAGACGACAAGAUGGGGCCCCUGACAUAUUGUGUCCCCUGCAAGUUUCAUGCUGCGGGGGCCUCUGUUACGCCCCUGGCUGUUGUAACCAUGUGUUGGUCUUUUUUGGAGAAAUUAACAUGUUAAAUUUUCUAGCGAUUGUAUUAAAUUGGUGCAGCUUACGUUGUAAAUCAUUUUUACUUUAAGAGAUUAGUAUUACGUCGUCUGCAUAGCAGAUUAUUUUAAGUUGUUUUUCUCCCAUUUGGUAUCCUUUUUAAUUGAAUCGUUUAUUUCAGAAACCACCUAAGUGCGCUUUUUUCAACUUUAGGAAAACUAAAAAAAAAACUGUUUUACAACUUAAGUAUUCGCGGUGUUCAAUAAGUACUUGGAAGGGAUACGUGAAACGAUCGUGCGCGAAUAGCGGAGAAAUAUUGCAACUUUCUUAAAUAAUUCAUAUUGUCAAUUGAAAUUGUCAAAUUGACGUACAUUUCAUAUCUAUUGUCAUUGAAGAAGAAAAAUUAUAUGUUGCUCCACAAUAUUGAUAUGAUAUGCAAUUAUUAUAAUAAAGGUAAAUUUAAUUAAUUGUCUUUUGCUUGCAGUACUGUAUGUUAAUAACUAAUUUUAUUUACUGCAUACAAUUGUUUACGUUUUAAUAACAUAACCUGAAUCUUAUUUUCUCUUCUUAUUAUUUUUUUGGGCUAUGGCCUUGACAAUUAUCCGGUUACCAGGACUAAUAUAAUCGGCCAAUAUAAUUAAAAGUGCGAAUAAAGUUGCAGAGCUCAGAAAUAGGUGUGGCCUUGCCGAACUUGCACGGUCUCAAUAGGUCUAGUAUCCUUCAAAUAUUUUUUUUACCAAAUCAAAAACAUGGUAUUGGGAUGAUCUAUUUUUUUAAAAUUGUUUUUGUCUUUAAAUUUUUGAGUUAUAAAUUUUUGAGAAAUUUUCACUUAGGUGGUUUCUGCAAUAAAUGAGUGUAUAAUCACUAUUGAAAUUAAGUCAAACCAUUAAUUUUUUGGAGUGUUCUAACUAGGCCUAAAUCGAAAAAUAUUAAGUAGUGGCGUAAGUUUUGCAUAUGUAGCCGCACUAGUAACUAAAGUGCAACCAUGUCCUUCUUAAAAAUUUUAAUAUAAUUCCAAAAUUAAAGGCAUUGAAUUAUUUUCGCAAAAAAUUGAAGCGAACCUACAAACUCAGUUUUUUGUGCUCUUUUCAAAUAUGCAAACGGUUUUUGAAAAUUUCAAUAUACAGGGUGAUAUUUCAAGGCCACAAUUAUUUUAUAUUUUUUGUUAAUCGGACCUGGAUUUUUCUUGUGAUUAGGGUCGUUUGGGUUCUUAAUGAGACGUACAUAUGUGUACCAAAUAUCAAAAAAAUAUACAAGGUGGUUCUAAAGUUAUGGAUCCAGUAAGAAAUGGGAAAAAUCGAUAAAACACCCUCCUGUAACUCGGUUAUAAAAAUCGGUGGGGCAAUAAAUGUAACAUAUCUAGAACCGCCUCAGUGACCUCUAUUCACUAUUCAAGAAUUUCCGUUUCCUAGUGAAACACCCCGUACAAUGUAAUAAUAAACAAUAAAAUAACGUCUAAUUUAGUGAAGGCUACGCCAACCGUCGUGAGUGAAAUUUACCGCAGAAAGAACCUAAGCGAUGGCGCUUGGGUUCUUUCUGAAAUAAACGGAUUAUUUUCAAGGCUGCCAAAUAGCAUUCUUGAUAUGGAACAUAGGUUUUAUCUGCACUAAAAGAUAUAUUUACCUUUAAAUUGUACAGUACCACCAAAACAUAUUUUUUGAUAUUUUGUCACUUUCUGUCAGGUGCUUUCUGAAAUAAACGAUUCAAUUCUUACUUUUUUAUUAUUUCAUCCAAGGUUGAACAAUAGAUAACUCAGGGAAUCCCCUAUCUUAUCCCAAUGCCAGUUUCAAUUGGGUGAGUUAUUUUUCUCUUCUACUUUUACUUUUAUUGUGUUGUUCUCGUGUAGCGUAUAAAUAAUGCUGGUAUUAUAUAAAAUCUCUCUAUAGGUACACAUUAGGUAGUUUUAAUUUAAAAUCAAAGCCAAUUGUUUGUAUAAAAUGAAUAAAAUAUAAACUAUAACGAUGCACACCAUGACAAAUAACAUGUUUUAGAAAUGUUUUGCCGUGAAGCAAUUAAUGUAAACUUACAACAAAAGGAAACAGUACUUAGCUACAUUUUAAACGGGGCUUACUUAAGCUAGUCAUAAAAAAAGCAAACGGGACAGUUCCAACAUUAGUUUUGUUUGCAUUCCUUAAAUUGAAUAUUGUUAAAAUUCAUUGUAGAUUUUUUGUUAUUUGUUAUAUGUUUGAUCUUGUAAUUAUUUAAUAAAGUUUUUGAAAUAUCA